UUUAUCCAAGUAGAGGCGCUGGAGAGCAGACCGCUUGGAGAGUGGGAGCGCAGUUGCUGGUUUUCCAUUGCCUGAAGCAAGAUCUACCGCCACUCUCCCUUUAUAUAGACGGUAGACUAACCCACGGCACUUUAGUCAACACGGAUCCAGAUUGUUCUCAGUUUCCUCUUCUGCCCCCUCUCUCCUUUUUUUCUCACCCCCCUGAUCAGGCUUAAACGCCCUGUGUUUUGUAAAGGCAAUUGUUUGAGCGCAUCAUCACGGGAGCCAAAAGGAGGUUUGCCACUAUUCCAUAGGACACCGCGGGCUUCUGGAGCGUCAUGACAGCUGAGAAGAGCGUGCCCGUUGUAAACGGUAAACCAGAGGAGGGCAGAGACCCGGAAGGGUCCAGCGCCAGCCUCGACAAGCAGAAAUACAAUGAGAGGGGGCACUGGAACAACAAGGUUGAGUUCUUCCUGUCUGUGGCUGGAGAAAUCAUCGGGCUGGGCAACGUCUGGAGGUUUCCUUACCUCUGCUACAAGAAUGGAGGAGGUGCAUUCUUCGUUCCGUAUGUCAUCUUCUUUGUGUGCUGCGGUAUCCCUGUGUUUUUCCUGGAGACUGCCCUGGGUCAGUUCACCAGCGAGGGAGGCAUCACCUGCUGGAGGAAAGUGUGCCCGCUAUUUGAGGGGAUUGGUUAUGCUACGCAGGUGAUUGAAGCUCAUCUUAACGUGUACUAUGUAGUAAUCCUCGCCUGGGCCAUCUUCUACCUCUUCAACUGCUUCACCACCGAGCUGCCGUGGGCAACCUGUGGGCACUACUGGAACACAGAUAACUGUGUCGACUACUAUGGAGAUAAUUCCACCAACAUUACAAACCUAAAUGCAACCUCACCAGUCAUUGAGUUCUGGGAACGCAGAGUACUGAAGAUUUCAGAUGGUAUUGAGCACAUGGGAGGAAUGCGCUGGGAGCUCGCCAUGUGCCUGGCCCUGGCCUGGUUCAUCUGCUACUUCUGCAUCUGGAAGGGACCCAAGUCAACUGGCAAGGUUGUGUAUGUGACAGCUACAUUUCCUUAUGCCAUGUUGUUGGUCCUGCUGAUCAGAGGAGUGACGCUGCCAGGAGCAUACGAAGGCAUCAAGUUCUACCUCUACCCGGACAUGUCACGUCUCUCUGACCCUCAGGUGUGGGUGGAUGCUGGAACCCAAAUCUUCUUCUCCUAUGCCAUCUGCCUGGGCUGUCUCACUGCUUUGGGAAGUUACAAUUCCUACAACAAUAACUGCUACAGGGACUGCCUCAUGCUGUGUUGUCUUAAUAGCGGCACCAGCUUCGUGGCAGGUUUUGCCAUCUUUUCUGUGCUGGGCUUCAUGGCCUUAGAACAAAAUGUUCCCAUCGAGGCUGUAGCAGAAUCGGGUCCUGGUCUUGCAUUCAUUGCCUACCCAAAGGCUGUCACUAUGAUGCCUCUGUCUCCACUCUGGGCAUGUCUCUUCUUUAUGAUGCUCAUCUUCCUCGGGCUGGACAGUCAGUUUGUUUGUGUGGAGAGUUUAGUGACAGCUGUGGUGGACAUGUACCCGGAGACCUUUCGGAGAGGCUUCCGCAGAGAGCUGCUGAUUCUGGGCAUGUCUGUAUUCUCUUUCUUUGUCGGACUCAUCAUGUGUAUGGAGGGAGGAAUGUACGUCUUCCAGCUGUUUGACGCGUACGCCGCCAGCGGCAUGUGUUUGCUGUUUGUGGCCAUAUUCGAGUCCAUAUGUAUCGGCUGGGUGUACGGCAGUGACAGAUUCUACCUAAAUAUUGAGGACAUGAUUGGCUACAAACCUGUCUUCUUCAUCAAAUGGUGCUGGAUGAUCCUGACCCCGGGCAUCUGUGCUGCAAUUUUCCUGUUCUUCCUGAUUAAAUACAAGCCGCUUAAAUACAACAACGUGUACACCUAUCCUGACUGGGGCUAUGGGAUCGGCUGGUUCAUGGCCAUGUCAUCGAUGGUCUGCAUCCCUGUGGGUAUGAUCUGGAUGAUCUGCAAGACUCCCGGGACCUUCUCUGAGAGAAUAAAAAAGUUGACAACUCCCAGCCCGUACCUGAAAAUGAGAGGGAAGCUCGGCGCCCUCAGUCCUUAUGCUGCCAACGAUGCAACGCUUCAGGUGGACGGGAAAAUGUCCACCGUCUCAGAGAAGGAGACACAUUUCUAACCAACCGCCUGACUCAGAGACCAAGCUGCCUGCUCUCCUCUCAAUAAGUCCAAACUCAUGAAAACUACAGCAAAACACAACCUGAUUAUCCCCCACCACACAAAACAGGAAAUUAAAUAAAUAAAUAAAUGUUUUGUUUUGUAAAAAAAAAA